UGCCGCUAGGCGUCUCUGCCUGUACAAACAAGAUCAGUGAGCUUCCUUGCGUUAGUAAGUUUUUGUUUGUGGUCGUUACAAGUUAAUUUGCGCAGAAAAUAUGACUAGAAAGUGGCCGUCGUACCUUGUCAUUCAUUUCUUAGAGUUAUAUGAGCAACGACCCUGUCUGUGGGAUCACAAAAGUCCAUUGUACAAAAAUAGGAAUUUGAGAGAAGAAGCUUUACAGGAAAUAGUUGAGGCUAUGAGUGAAUAUGUACGCAAUUUUGAUGUUAACAUGGCGAAAGCAAAAAUACGCAGUCUCCGGAAUGCGUACAUGUUGGAACUCCACAAGGUUUGGCGUUCAAACAGAAACGCAGAGUCUCCUGACGAUAUUUAUACCCCGACAGUGCCUUGGUUUCCUAUUGCUGACCGCUUCCUGAAGUACGUCGUUGAAACAAGAGAACCGAGAAGUCCUCAGGAGUUGGGAGACGGUGAGGGGAAGCCGAUGCCACAGGAGGGCUCGACGCUGGACGCGUCGUUCUUUGCGGAGGCGGCCCUGGGCAGCAGCAGUGUGCGGUCGCCUGCUGUCCCGAAUGGCGCAUCACGGGAGGACCCGCUGGAGGCGGCGCGCAAGCGCAAGAUCUCGCUGCAGCGCGAGGAGCUCCCCAAGAAACUAAAGCUGGUCAACAUCUCGGACACAGUGAGCAAGGCGGUGAGCUCGUUGCAUCGCGCAGUGGACGCGAUGCAGCAGGCGACGGCGCGGGGCGGAGGCGCGUCGGCGCCGUGUGACGAGUCGGAGGCGUUUGGCCGGGUGGUGGCGGCACACCUGCGUGCACUGCCGGUGGCCAUGGCACUAGAUUGCCAGGCCGACAUCCUCAACUAUCUGUUAGAGCAGCGGCGCAGUGCCCUGCCGGGGGCGGCAGGGGCGGCCGCUCCCGGGUCGUCGACGUGAGAUGGCUGCGGUGCCUAUGCAGGAGUACCAGACUGGCAAUGGACAAAUCAGAGGAGCAGUCGAUGUCAGAAUUAGGACAGUGUGGAGGGAGGAUACGGGUCAUUAGUGUUGCCGGCAGAGAGAGAUGCACCUCGGCGAUCCAGUCGGAACCUUCAGAUGGCUGAGUGUGGCUGCGGCUGCGACUGGGGCAACUUUACCGUUAUCUCCGUGUGUUGCUGCAUGUGUAAUUUAUUAUGAAUGCAUCGUGUGACAUUCUUUACAGAUUUGGACCUGUACGUUUGAUUUGUGGCGAGUGUGAAGUGGCUCGUUCAGGUGCCUUUCUGGAAGAAGACUGUGCAGUAGUGACUGAGCGUUAGGUCACUGCUAGUUAACAGUUUUGUAACUUCCUUUUUCACUUUUGUGCCACAUUGCUGUCAACAGAGUGAUACUGUUAUUUUUUUUUUCUUGCGACUAGUUUGUAAUAAAACUGAAUGAAGAUUUUUUACCACUUUA